AUAUUUCUGGGCUGGAAACAAACAGAACAAGUCAACUCCUUGGUGUUCUAAAACACACAGUAAAAAUGUGGGGCAGUGAAGAGUUUUCAACUUAGGAGCAAGUAGCCUCCCACAAAUUAAAAGUCAGAGCAGUGGUUCUCAAACUCAGCUGCACGUUAACUUAUCACUGGAGGAACUUUAAAAACUCAGCGUCCAACCCAUUCCCCAGACCAAUUAAAUCAGAUAUUCCUGUGGGUGGAUACAGGCAUCAAUAUUAUUUAAAAGUCCCCAGUUUAUCCCACGGACGUAGAUCGCGCUAGUAUAUAAAUGCUCCUCAGGACCUCAGAAUCACCAGAGAAGCUUUUGAAAACUACUAUUUUUUUUUCACAGCUCCCAGGUGAUUCUUACUUGUUAGCCACGGUCAGGAACAACCAGAUCACACUCUACAGGUAUAUAUAAGUUUCGCUCUAUUUAAGCAACGAUCAGACUCAAAACAUCUCCCAAUGGAACUAUUCCUUUACCAGCGAGAAAACACACCUAUACUGGGGGGGGGGGAGGGUUCCACUAACAACUAAAAAAAAUUUAGGUUAAAUGUGAGGUUUUCUUAAUUUAAAUGUAAUAACUUACAUGUUUUAUUUGAACACAUAAAUUCCUCUGUUUUAGCUUUGUCAGGUUUUUUUAACUACAGCUGAAUGGGAAGAAAAAACAAACAAUCUUACAGGUAAGAUGAUACUCUGGGUAUUUUUGGGGGGACUGAGUAGAAAGUCCUGAGAACUGUGCUGUAUCUGGCACCACACUCAUGACACAGAAACACGUGAGAAAGUCUGGCUCUGAUACAAAAAUGAAUCGUGUUCAUGGAUACGAUUCUCAACAAUUCUAGCCUAGUUCUAGAACCACACUGAAAGAAUCACAGAGACUGAAAGUGCCCUUCUCUGUAACAAGUUUCCCCUGAAUUCCUGAGUCCUUGCACGAACUUUUAACUCAUGGGAAACAUAACCAAGAGAGGCAGCAGGGAGCUGGGCGCUGAUGGUGCCAGGUCCCCAGAAGAGGGCCCACCUGCGGGACUUCACACCAAACUCUAUGAGGCCAUCAUGAGGGAAGACUGCGCCGCAAUCCAGGACCUCCUGAGAAGCCACCCCGUCAACCAGCCCAUGACCACGCUGGCCACCUCCACCAGCUGCAGGUUACCACUGAACCAGGAGAUGGAGUCUGUCAUCCCCAUUCACCUGGCUGCCAAGUACCGCAGGGCACAAAGCUUGCUCUGUUUGUUAGAGCACAAUGCUGACCCCGAAGUUAGGGACACAAGAGGGCUCACCACACUCCACCUGAUGCUCCUGCACUGGCCAAUUGCGUCCACCACAUGGACCAAGCCGGGGAACCGAAUCCAAAGGAUCCUGACAGACAUCCAGAGCAACGCGGUCCUGUGCCUCCGCAUUCUGUGUGAGCACGGAGCUCAGGUGAAUGCUCGCACCGGGAACAGCAACAGGCAGUCCCCGCUCCACCUGGCCACCACCUACGGGACCCACCUAGUUCUCUCCAUCCUGGCCCAAAAUGGCGCCCAGGUCAAUGCCCUCAAUGACUCCGGCAUGACCCCCCUUCACAUGGCCGCAGAAACCCUGAAUGAGGAGAUGCUGGAUAUGCUCAUCGCCUGUGGGGCCAAUGUGAACUGUGCCAUCCCAUCCACAGGGAGCACGGCCCUGAAGCUGGCAGUGUGCAUGGCCUCAGGCAAGGCUGGCCGGAUGCUGGCAGCCGAUGUGAGCUGCAUCCGCCUGCUGCUACUUCACGGAGCUGAGGUCAACGCCCAGGACCGCGAAGGUGAAACCGCCAUCCACGAGGCUUGUUUUGGAGGCAGAGAGGCAAUAAUCAACCUCUUGCUCGAAUUUGAAGCAGAUGUUAACGUGUUAACCAGAAACGGAGAGUCCCCGCUCUACAUGUACCUGCAGCGCAGCUCCAACCUAACAGACACGGCCCUUCUUGCCCGGCUACUGUCCCGCUCUUAUCCCCUGAGACUGACCAAUAACCAAGGAGUUCUACCUGCGGGAAUCACGCUUCCAGAAUUCCACCCCCUAAGGGAAACCCUAAUAAAGUUAUCUCAAAAACCCUUAUCCCUACAGGACAUUUGUAAAAGAAACAUCCAAAAUAUUUAUGGUGAGAAGUACAAACAACUCUUGAAGAAGCAUCUGCCAGUGAAGAUCUGGAAUUCUGUGUACAGUUAUUAUGACUUAGCUUGCCUCUUGAAAUAAGAUCUCCAAUUUCACAGUGCCCCAGAACUUCCGGAACUCGCACUGCAUCUCUGGCUAGACAUCGACCCAGAAAAUACCGAACCUGAUACGUCUCAGAUGUACAAACUACUGGUUCU